GGCGGGUCAAUAUUUCGGGUAGCAAAACACCGCCAAUAGGUGGGAGAAAGCGAGGAAAGCUUCGGUUUAUGGACACGGACGUUGAUGAACCCACAAAAGGCGAAGAACAAACCCAUGCGAAGCCCAUAAUGGUGAUCCUGAUGGGCGCACCCGGCAGCGGCAAGUCCGCAUUCUGCGAACGAGUCAUGGGCUCCUCCGUUCGUCCCUGGGUCCGCGUCUGCCAGGAUACUAUUAAAAAUGGGAAGGCCGGGACUAAAGCGCAGUGUAUAGAGAGUGCGAGGAGCGCGUUGAGGGAAGGAAAGAGUGUGUUUAUAGAUAGGUGCAAUCUAGAGAAGGAGCAAAGAGAUGAGUUUGUGAAGCUGGGGGGUGGUCAAGUCGAUGUUCAUGCAGUGGUGCUUGAUCUUCCUGCUAAGAUUUGUAUAUCACGGUCGGUGAAGCGAACUGGACAUGAGGGGAACUUGCAAGGAGGGAAGGCUGCGGCGGUUGUGAAUAGAAUGUUGCAGAAGAAAGAGCUGCCGAAGCUGAGUGAAGGGUAUGGUAGGAUCACUUUUUGCCAGAAUGAGAGUGAUGUUGAAGCUGCAAUUGGUACGUAUAGUGGACUCGGUCCGUUGGAUAUGCUUCCACAUGGGAGUUUUGGACAGAAGAACCCGGGUGGGAAAGUUCAACUUGGUAUAAUGAAGUUCUUAAAGAAAAAAGAGGCUCCUGCUAAUACUGAAUCGACUUCAAAGAAGGUUCAGGAUUCUGAUGCCUCUAUAUAUACCGCGGGACAGGAUACCAGUUUGAAGGGAACUGGCUUGUUUACUGAAAGAGCUAAUAUGGAGUCCAAUAAAGAUGAACAGCCUGUUGUAGGGUCUGCUGUUAUUGAUGUCUCUCUUCAUGAUGCUCCCACCCUAGCAUUUCCAUCUAUUUCCACAGCAGGUUUUCAGUUUGACCUUGAGAAGGCAUCUGACAUUAUUGUAGAGAAAGUUGAGGAAUUUGUUUAUAAACUUGGAAAUGCUAGACUUGUUUUAGUAGACGUGAGUCAUAAAUCGAAGAUAUUGUCCUUGGUGAGGGCUAAAGCUUCACAAAAGAACAUCGACCCCAACAGAUUCUACACAUUUGUAGGAGACAUCACUAAGCUUCAUUCAGAAGGAGGUCUUUGCUGCAAUGUGAUAGCUAACGCUGCUAAUUGGCGACUUAAAUCAGGAGGUGGUGGUGUCAAUGCAGCAAUCUUCAAUGCUGGAGGUCCAGCCUUAGAGCUUGCAACCAAAGAAAAAGCCAAAUCUUUAUACCCGGGGAAUGCUGUUGUUGUUCCUCUCCCUUCAACUUCUCCCCUGUGUUGUAGGGAAGGAGUAACACAUGUGAUACAUGUUGUUGGACCCAAUAUGAACCCACAGAAACCAAAUUAUCUUGCCAAUGAUUAUAGUAAAGGCUGCAAGAUUCUGCGGGACACUUAUACAGCACUAUUUGAAGGUUUUGCAUCCAUCGUAAGGACCCAAAAGAAGAUAUCUAAGGGUAGCAUUGAAAACCUUGAGUUGAAGCUGUCAGAGUUAGAAGAUCACUCAGAGAAUGGGCCUACAAAUCACUCUACAAUUAGCUAUCAAAAGAUCAAGAGAGAGGAUCUCCAUGAAUCUGACAGGAACAAACGGAGUAAAGGAUAUCAAGAUGAAGCUGAAAAUGUCUCUGAUUCUUAUACUGGUAAAUCAAAUCUCAAGUCUGAUGGAGGCAAGAAGAAGUCCCGGGGAUCAUGGGCUCAGGCUCUCUACAACAUUGCCAUGCAUCCAGAUAAGCAGAAGGAUGUAGUCCUAGAGAUAUCAGAUGAUGUUAUUGUACUGAAUGAUCUUUAUCCAAAGGCGCAAAAGCAUCUUCUAGUGGUAGCGCGACAUCCUGGUCUUGAUCGCUUGGCAGAUGUAUGCAAAGAACACAUUCAGUUGCUAAGAACAAUGCAUGUGGUUGGUUUGAAGUGGGCUGAAAGUUUCUUGCAUGAUGAUUCAGCAUUGGUCUUUCGUCUUGGAUAUCACUCGGAACCAUCAAUGCGACAGCUUCAUCUACAUGUUAUCAGCCAGGAUUUUAAUUCAACGCAUUUGAAGAACAAGAAACAUUGGAACUCGUUUAAUACUGCUUUCUUUCGAGACUCCAUUGAUGUGCUAGAGGAAGUUAGUAGUGACGGAAAGGCGAUACUGAAUGAUGAUGACAGCCUGAUGUCUAUGGAGUUACGAUGUAACCGAUGUAGAAGUGCUCACCCCACCAUACCCAAACUAAAACUGCACAUUGCCCGAUGUCAAGCCUCCUUCCCAAGCAUCCUGCUUCAAAACGGUCGUCUGAUUACAGUACCAAGCAAUUCUAGCGCUGCUCCAUAGGAAAAUACAAGCCAGAGUGACUAAAAUUUUGUUGCAUGUAAAUAUGAACCAGAUGGUUUUGGAUAGUCCAACUGGUACUUCUCACAACUUGGUGCAACUGUUUCUGUGCAACUGGAUUCUCCUCCAAAAUGAUUUUGUUUGAUCAAAGGAUUGGCGAGGGGAUAAAAGUCUUCAUGUUCAUUUGUUCGUUUAUUCCAGCUGCUCUCUAAACUAGUGAAAGUGAUUAAACACUAAUCUAAAUUUAUACAAGAACAAAUUGCUUAGACCGCCUGAAAGGACGUCGGU